GCCCAUGAGAGGCUGAAGGAGAGGAAACUGGAGGCCAUGAGAGACAACAACCUGGAGCUGGUGCAGGAGAUCCUGCGGGACCUGGCACAGCUGGCUGAGCAGAGCAGUACUGCUGCCGAGCUGGCCCACAUCCUCCAGGAGCCCCACUUCCAGUCCCUCCUGGAGAUGCAUGACUCUGUGGCCUCAAAGACUUAUGAGACACCACCCCCCAGCCCUGGCCUGGACCCUACAUUCAGCAACCAGCCUGUACCUCCCGACGCCGUGUGCAUGGUGGGCAUCCGAAAGACAGCCGGAGAACAUCUGGGUGUAACGUUCCGCGUGGAGGGCGGCAAGCUGGUGAUCGCUCGCAUUCUGCAUGGGGGCGUGGUGGCUCAGCAAGGCCUGCUGCAUGUGGGUGACAUCAUCAAGGAGGUGAACGGGCAGCUGGUGGGCAGUGAUCCCCGUGCACUGCAGGAGCUCCUGCGCAAUGCCAGUGGCAGUGUCAUCCUCAAGAUCCUGCCCAGCUACCAGGAGCCCCAUCUGCCCCGCCAG